ACUUGGUAUCUCUAGUCGAAAAACACAUCAUCACCGCCACUAUCAUCAUCAUCAGCCAACAUGGAGGCGGAGGGACUGGCCGAAGUGGAGAAGCUUAACCUUUUCUUCCCUGGCGAGGUGGUGCAGGCCAUCCAGGAGAUACUACCCAGCGAUGACCCGUUUGAUGCAGCUGACUUUGACGCAGUGGGGUACAUCAAUAUGCGGUUCCCGGCCGAGCAGAGCCUCCACCAUAUUGAUGACGUGUUGGAGGAGAUGCGUUUGAGAGCCACAGCCACUGACAGCCAGAUCAGGGACGUCGUUCGCAGCCUGGCCAGCGCGGACCAGGAUGGCAGGACCUCUCUCCUCCAUGCACAGGAAGCCAUCGCUGAGCUCUUCGCCAGAUUUCAGGACAUUAAGGAACGUGCAGGUGAGUCGGAGGAGAGAGUGAAGGAGAUAACCAGAGAUAUUAAGCAACUAGACACAGCCAAGCGGAAUCUGACAGCCUCCAUCACCACCCUGAACCACCUGCAGAUGUUGGUGGAGGGGACACAGAAGCUGGAGGCACUGCAGGCCCGGAGGGAGUAUGGGGAGGUGGCCAGCUUGCUACAGGGGGUGCUUGAAGUAAUGGAACACCUUCAGCGAUACAGACACAUCCCUCAGGUGACGGAAUUAGCAAGGCAGGUGGAGCAGAUUAGAAGCGGACUAGAAAAACAAAUAUUGGACGAUUUUGAGAGAGCCUUUCACGGACCAGCCUCCCGCCAGCCCACCCCCACCCGUGCCCUCGCAGAAGCCUGUCUUGUCGUAAACCAGCUGGAGCCUAGAGUGAGACGCAGCAUAAUUGAAGAGGUAGUCAGGACACAGCUUGCGGAAUAUGAGGUGCUGUUUGCCGGCCAGGAGAGCGACGGUUGGUUGUCUAAGGUGGAGCUACGACGACGCUGGUUUUUAAAGACUGCGCUGGAGUUCGAGAAGACCCUGGCGGCCAUGUUUCCUCCCUCCUGGCAGGUGCCAGCCCGACUUGCUCUCUCCUUCUGUGACAUCACGCGCACACAGCUUGCCAAGGCCAUGGAGUUACGCACACAGGAUGUAGACGUGGCAACACUGUUACAUGCACAUAAGGUGAUGUCAGAGUUAGAGAGUGUGUUAGUGAGAAAAUACGCAGGAUUUCAAGAACGCACUCGCUCUCUCUCCACUGCCUCCUGCACCACCACCACCACCACCGCCACUACUGCCACCUCUCCUGUUAACACUAACCCUUUCAUUGAGGAAGAACAGUUAGAGGCCAGUAACCCUUUCAGCACAGACACACAGGCACCUUCACCAUCAGGAGGAGGAGGAGGAGAGACAGUACUGCUCAUCUCUCCCUUCCACGGCGCCAUCUGCAGGUGUUUCAAGCCUUACCUGAAGGUGUACAUUGAUCAUGUCGACAGGCGUCUCUCGGAUCAAGUAGAGAAGUUUGCAGGGGAGAUCCGAGCCUACCGGUUUGAACAUAUUGAUGCCGAGGAGUCGAACGUGGUGCCCUGCUGUGGGGAAUUGUUUACUAUUUACAAGACAAUUCUAGUCGAGUUUCUCCGCCUGUCCCCUGGAGGAGAACUGGGUGGCCUGGUGGAGGUGAUGCAGAGACACCUCAGGGAAUUCUGUGGCAAGGUCCUGCGUGCCGCUUUGCCCCGGGGUGGUGGCGGUGGUAGCGGUGGUGGUGGAGGGGCGGCCAACAUUCCACUGCCAAAAGAUCUAAAUAUGAAGGAGAUUUCAGCUGUCUUGGCUCAGGUGCAGACGUUGUGGCGCGAGGGGGAGGGGGGCGCACAGAAGGGGUGGGGAGAGGAGGAGGUGCGCCGGGUGUGUUCGGUGCUGGUGUCUGCCGAGUACUGUGAGGAGAUGACAGGAAGGCUGGAGGCUAAGUUGAGAGAGAGGGCUGAGGGGGGACUGGCUGCCUCUAUCACUCUUGGGGCUGAGCAGGACCUCUUCCACGCUGUCCUUGCCCAGUGCAUCACCCUGCUGGUCACAAGGGUGGAGGGUGUGUGUGAGGCGGCCCUGGUGUCAAUUCCCAAGCAGUCAUGGGUGCUGGAGCAGACAGGCGACCACAGCCCAUACGUUACUGCCCUGGCCCACCACCUCGCUGCUGCCAUUCCCCCUGUUAGGCACAAUUUGCACACCUCCCGCAAGUAUUUCACCAGGUUCUGCGACAAGCUAGCAGCCGCGAUUCUUAAUAAGUUUGUCCAGCAGGUGUACAAAUGUCGUCCCAUCACCAGCGUGGGGUGUGAGCAGCUACUUCUUGACUGCCACGCCCUGAAAGCUGUGAUGUUGCAGAUGCCUGUUGUCGGCUCCCAGGUACGCAGGGAUCCACCACAGACAUACACUAGGAUGGUCACGAGAGGAAUGGCGAGGGCUGAACUGGUCCUGCAGGUUGUGAUGGGGGAGUACCACAACAACACAGCACUGGUUGACAAGUUUAUGAGACUCCUGCCUGAUGCUACAAUUGCAGACUUCCAGAAGGUCGUUGAAAUGCGUGGUGUGAAGGAACGAGCUGCCCUUCUUGAGCUGUACCGUCAACGCACCACCACCACCACUGCCACCACCACACCCGCCACCUCCCCCUCCACCCCCACCACAGACUCCUCGUACCGCCCUGCUGCCCCCGUCCCAGCGCCCCCUGCCACGCCAAGCCCUGAACACGACAUGAGCAAGAUUGCAAGGCUGGAGAGAAUGCUGAAGUCUCGUAGGCUCAUCUCGUAGGCUGUGUGUGUGUGUGUGUGUGUGUGUGUGUGUGUGUGUGUGUGUGUGUGUGUGUCUACUCACCCAAACACAGCCUUCUGCCAGUCUGGUCUUGUACACACACUAGUCACCUGUAACCUAACCUCACUUACCACCACCACCACUGCCUUCCCUUCCACCUUCCUUCGUCUUCACAUGAAUCACUAGUUUACAUUCCUUUUGUGCAGAGACCCUCACACACACACACACACACACACUGAAUGGUUUAUAUGUAAGAGAGAGAGAGAGAGAGAAUGUAUACAAGCAUAACCCUAUAAAACAUCACAUUAUUUAUAUAGAAAUUAGAAAGAUAUGUUUGUUGUUGUUAUUCCAGAUAUUGAAAGAGCACAUCUGAUAUAUUACAUUCCACAUUACUGUUUUUAGUUAAUUUAUUUCAAUACUUUCACCUCUCCUCUCCAUUUCCUUGAGAGAGGGAGAGUGGGGGGCACAUAUCUUCCUUUACAUUAAUAAAAGAUAUGAAUAAUGUUAUAA